ACAAUAGACGGCCCAUACUAAUCAGGUUUCAAAGUAAAUAGCAGCGCGGGGCGAGCUCAAUGUAAAUUGUGCCUGUCAGAGCCCCCCCACUCUCCUCCCAAGCCCGCUCCAGCCGUGGAGAUGUCUACACUGCAAAAAGUGUCCCGCCCCUCUGCCAGGCAGCCGGGUUUUCAGCACCGGGGCUGAGGGAAAACCCUGGCUUUACGGACAGCAGCAGAUCGGGUCGGCGGACUGGAUCGCGCGUGUUCUUCCCGACCUCUUGUCGGUCCUUCUUGCCGGAUCAUUUUUUUUUUCUUGUUUUUUUCUAACGGAGCGUCCCUCGUUCGGGAUAUUCUUUCGGGCGAGAUUAGAUUCGGCGCUUGCGGCGAGAGAUCGGGGAAAGAGGCAGAGAUCUGCAACGCGGACGGGUUGCUUUCUCGUUAUACGCCAAGAAAAUCUAACAAUUUCGCGUUAGGGGGAGAAGAUGACUUAUGUGGAUGGGCAUUUUUUGCAGUGUUCUAGCGGAGGUGGCGGUGGUGGAGGGGGGAUUCUAACCAAUGGAGAGAAAGAGAGGGCUUGGCUAUAACCUUAGCCUCCCAUUUUCUCUCUCCCUCUAUCCCCCUCCUCUCCUCCUCUCCUCCUCCUCUAUGCAGGGCUCUGGCCAGUCAGUCCUCUUUGAUUAUCAGUCUCCAGCAGCCCCUCUCUUGGCUCCUUGACACGAGCACCAUAUAAGGCGCAGCGAUCUCCAUAGAAACGUGUCAGUUUCAAUAGUAGUGUCAAAGUUCACUAUAUACAGACAUUCGCGCAGAUCCCCCGUUUCGGAAACAUUGCUCUGCUGGUCCUCUCGUUUAAGCGCAUUCAUUUUUUGGGGGUUUCUCCUUUCUUGUUCUUCUUCUUCUUCUUCUCGCAUAUCCUAUUAGUACUAGUUGGUGUUUUUUCCUCUUUUUUCCUUUUUUUUUGUGCCUCAAUCUUUUUUUUUUCUUCUUCCUCUUCGUAUCUGCGUUCCUCCCCGCUGGAGAGAGGUGAAACUAUACAUGGGUACUUCAUUCGGCGGCGCGGUUCUCCUUCGCAGCUGGGCGAGAUGAUGAGGUUUAUUUAAGAAUAUAGAUGUAAAAAGCCCAGCUCUUCAGUUUUUUUUUUCCUCCUCCUCCUCCUAUACGACGAAGACGGGAGUGUAAAGGAGCAAGGGGAAGAAAGGAGAAAGGAAUUUAUCUCCACAGCAUUUUGGAUCGCGUCUUUCCAGCGGAAAGGUUUUGGUUUUUUUUUACUCGCUCCUGCGUUUCUUUUGUGGCUAUUUUUUUUUUAUCUGACUGCAUUUCUUCUACGUCUGGACUCGGGUUUUCCUACAAGAUUAGGGAUUCCUGAAUGGCUGACUGCAAUUUACCUUGGAACUGGCCUCCCGAUACUUGCACAUCCUGAUCGGGUGCCUCCAGAUUUUUGAAUGUAUUGAUCGCGUCUGCUCCCCUUCUUACCCCCCACAUGAGAUUGCGUGCUCCGAUUUGACUUUGCACUGUCCCGUCUUUUGAGAGAUUUUUUUGUUUGUUUGUUUCUUCCUCCUCUACGCUCCCUGAACAUCGGCGAUCAUUUCGCUUUACAGCACUUUCCGGGGCCGAGAUAUGGCAAUGGUAGUUAGCGUCUGGCGAGAUCCGCAGGAAGACGUGGCCGGAGGACCUCCGAGCGGCCCCAACCCAGCAGCGCAGCCGGCGAGGGAGCAGCAGCAGGCGGCGUCGGCGGCGCCGCACACUCCGCAGACCCCGAGUCAGCCGGGACCCCCGUCCACGCCGGGGACCGCCGGCGACAAGGGGAGCCAGAAUUCCGGACAGAGCCAGCAGCAUAUUGAAUGUGUGGUUUGCGGGGACAAAUCUAGCGGCAAACACUACGGCCAGUUCACCUGCGAGGGAUGCAAAAGUUUCUUCAAGAGGAGUGUACGCAGGAACUUGACGUACUCAUGUCGUGCCAAUAGGAACUGUCCCAUUGACCAGCACCACCGAAACCAGUGCCAAUACUGCCGGCUGAAGAAGUGCUUAAAAGUGGGGAUGCGGCGGGAAGUUCAGCGAGGAAGAAUGCCUCCAACCCAGCCCAACCCAGGCCAGUACGCGCUGACGAACGGGGACCCCCUGAACGGCCACUGCUAUCUGUCAGGAUACAUCUCGUUACUGCUGCGGGCUGAGCCUUACCCGACUUCCCGGUACGGGAGCCAGUGCAUGCAGCCCAACAACAUCAUGGGGAUCGAGAACAUCUGCGAGCUGGCGGCUCGCUUGCUCUUCAGCGCCGUGGAGUGGGCGAGGAACAUCCCCUUCUUCCCCGACCUGCAGAUCACCGACCAGGUGUCCCUUCUCAGGCUGACGUGGAGCGAGUUGUUUGUGCUUAACGCGGCACAGUGCUCCAUGCCUCUGCAUGUGGCCCCUCUGCUCGCCGCGGCGGGCCUGCACGCCUCGCCGAUGUCCGCGGACCGCGUCGUGGCUUUCAUGGACCACAUCAGGAUCUUCCAGGAGCAAGUGGAGAAGCUUAAGACCCUACACGUAGACUCGGCGGAGUACAGCUGCCUCAAGGCCAUCGUGCUUUUCACAUCAGACGCUUGCGGCCUGUCAGACGCGGCUCACAUCGAAAGCCUACAAGAGAAGUCGCAGUGCGCCUUGGAGGAGUACGUCAGGAGCCAGUACCCCAACCAACCCAGCCGCUUUGGCAAACUGCUGCUGCGGCUGCCCUCUCUACGCACCGUCUCCUCGUCGGUAAUCGAGCAGCUGUUCUUCGUCCGCUUGGUAGGUAAAACUCCUAUUGAAACCCUCAUCAGGGAUAUGCUAUUAUCCGGGAGCAGCUUCAACUGGCCUUACAUGUCCAUCCAAUGAUCCUAAUAUGUCACACAAAAAAAAAAAACAGAGAGGAGGAGGGAAAAAAAAGGACCAAAUUUCUGCAACCCCCCCACUCCCCAUCCUACUUCAAGAAGACUAUAUAUAGGACCUUUUUUUCUGAGAAACUUUGCGGAAGACAUUACUUUUUUUCUGUCUUCUGGGACUGUGAUGGAAUACAUUAUGUACAGAAAAAUAUUGGAACUGGACUUUGCGCCUGUGUAAAUCCGCACCCUCAUCUUCAAGAACAGUACUCUUCAUUUUGUAAAAUACUAGUCUUUAUUUUCUUUUUUUUUUUUGUAAAAAAAAAUACAAAUAAAAGAAAAAAACAUCAUAUGCGCAGUAAGAAAAAAAAUGAAUCAAGACUUAGCGGGAAAAAUAAUGUUUCCAAGCAAUUAUAAGAAUUGUCCUGUGUCUAUGUACCUCUCUGUUUUGUAUUUUUUCUGGUUCCAAACCAGGGUUUCUGUGAUUCUAUACUAAUAAUUUUUUGAUAUAACCUUUUGCUUCUUAUAAUGAGUGCGAUAUAUGUUGUCGAAGCUAUGUUCUCCAGGAAUUAAAAAUUGAAGUGAGAAUUUAAAAGAAUAAAAAAAAACAAGACAAAUAAAAUGAAUUUAGACGAAUAAGAAACAGUCUAAUCGCUGUGACAAUAUCAACACUGAUGGUUGAACUUUUUAUUUUAUUUGAUCUUUUUUUUAUAUAUAUUUUUUGGACCCCUCCCCUUCUCCUCCCCCCAACUGAUACGAUGGACCUGCAGCAGAAGCAGCAAAACAAAACUGACCUCCAGGACGUUUUUACUGACAUUUUUACUCCGUCUGGGGCGCCUUUCCCCCCCUCCCUCCCUCCCCUCCAUCCCCUCCCCUGGACCACGAGUGCGUGUGGAGUCGAUCAUCAGUCAAAAGAGAGAAAAAAACGGAGAGACAUGAAAUUCAAAAAGCACUUUUAAUAUAUCAUUUCAUAUACAUUUUGUUUGUUUCGUCUUGAAGAUUUUCAUUGUUUCUUGAAUUUUAUUGGUUGUUGCCUUCAAUUUUUUGCUUACUCCAUGAUGCAGCUUUUAUUUUAAUUUUUUUUUUUUUUUGGCAGAAGGGUCGGUUGAUGAAGUUGUGUGACGGUGACUGUACUAUUAAAAAAGAAAUAGGCAACAAUGUCUCACUCUCAAGCA